AUGGAGCCCUUAACUGCCCUUGGCCUUGCUGCAAACCUUGUCCAGCUCGUCGAUUUCGCUAGUAAGCUGGUCACCAGAGCCCGAGAAACGUACAAAUCUGUCGAUGGAGCACUAGUAGAGAACUCAGAGCUUCAAGCAGUAACGGAAAAUCUCCAGACGCUUACCAGCCGACUCCACGUAAGCAGCAAAGGACCAGUCAACCGUUUCAGUAGUGCAGAGAAACAGCUUCACGACCUGUGCAGUGGCUGUAGGGAUGCUACAGCCCAAUUGCUAUCAGCUCUAGGGAGGCUCAAGACCAAAGGAAACCAUAACAGAUGGGGUAGUUUUAGGCAGGCUCUUGAGAGUGUUUGGAAAGAGAGCGAGAUCCAGAGCUUAGCUAUCAGGUUGGAGCGGUUCAGAAGGCAGAUAGACACUACUCUGUUGGUCUUGCUCCGUGAGCAGGUUGAUCAAGCAGUAUUGUCGUCAGAUCUACGUACCAAACGAGUCAGCGAACAACUCCUCGGUUUUAUCGAUGCCACGAAAACCUGGCAAGCGGAUCUCGUUGAGACACUACACCAAAACAACUGGCACUCUAACAGUCAAGAAGAUACUGCCCUGUUCUCAUCAAAACUGUCAAGUGCAGUUCAGCAGCAGAGCGAGGACCUUUCAAGAUUGCGCAUACGUGAACUUCUUCGAUUCCCGAGCAUUUCUGACAGAUAUGAGAGCAUUGACGAAGCUCACAAAAGAACUUUCGAGUGGGUUUUCGACGAGGUUCCAGAAACAAGUGGACGGCAAAGUCAAGUUUCGAUGGUGAGACACCAAGUCUGGGACAACUUCGUACAGUGGUUGCACGAUACCGAAAGCCUAUACUGGCUGUUUGGCAAGCCCGGAUCUGGUAAGUCAACAUUGAUGAAGUACCUCUAUGAUGAUCCCAGGACUUCACAACACCUCAAAGACUGGGCGUCAGACCUCCAUCUAGUGAAAGCAGCAUUUUUUUCUUGGAAUUCUGGUACUCAGAUGCAGAUGUCGCAGAUGGGGUUUUUGCAAACACUCCUGUAUAAGGCAACAAAGAAUCGCCCUGCACUUGUUUCUCGCAUAUUCCCUCGCAGGUGGAGAUCGUAUUUGCUAUUUGGAGGCGAUUUACAUCCUUGGACCUGGUCGGAACUUGCCUCGGCAAUGAAAAUCCUGACUAGUGGCAGUGAUAUACGGUUCGCAUUCUUCGUGGACGGACUGGACGAGUUCGAUGGCGAUGGUUCUCAACUUGUUAAUCUGUUGAUUGACAUAACAACAUCACCGAAUGUCAAGAUCUGCGCUGCUAGUCGCCCCUGGCUUGUUUUUGAGGAAGCCUUUAGCUCCCAUCCUAGGUUGCGUCUAGAAGAUUUGACCGCGCCGGACGUACAACUGUAUGUCUCCGAAAAACUCCAGGGCAAUGCCAUGUUCCUUCAGCUUCAAAAGCAAGGUCCUCAACUGGCUCAAGAUCUCAUCCUGGAAGUCACGGGGAAAGCAUGCGGAGUUUUCCUGUGGGUCCGGCUAGUUGUGCAAUCCCUACUUGAAGGGCUCAGAGAUGGUGACACCAUCUCGGAUCUACAGGCUCGAUUGCUGGCCCUGCCAAGUGAUCUUCAAGAGCUGUUUAGCAAAAUUCUUGAUCGCCUGAAUCCACACUAUUUUGCACAAGCGUCCAGAAUCUUUCAAAUUGUCCGUGAAUCCUCGGAGCCUUUGACCAUUCUCGAUCUUUCUUUUGCGGAGGAUGGGUUCGAGCUGGCCUUACAGGCUGAAGUUGCACCGUUGAAACCUGACGAGCUUACAUACCGAGUCGAGACUAUGAGGCGUCGCCUGAUUAGCCGCUGCAAAGGUCUGCUCGAGGUGCCAUCUGUCGAAGUUGAGGGACCUGCGGCAACAGUGCAAUACCUGCACAGGACCGUUAAAGACUUCUUGACUAGCUCCGAAAUAUGGCGAUCUAUAUUGUCUGGCUCCGCCUCGUCUUUUGAUCCAACGUCUGCAUUGUAUGCCUCUUGUAUUAUGCGGAUCAAGACAAUGGAUCCUCACGUAGAUUCGCUAUUCGGGUUCUUGGAGGUUAUUGCUGCUUGCAUAAAGCACGUACAGAGCAUUCAGAGGAAGAAUAAUUCUGAACAAGUCACCCAGGUUGCUAUCUUAGGUCUUGACGAAUUGGAUUGGGCAGCAGGUCAACUUCUUAGUGGGAAAUGUGAAGUUUCAAAAACUAAUUGGCUCUUGAAAGCAGCGUAUGCAAAUCAAUAUCCUAUACGGCAGAACAGCAUCUCAGACCUGGAUUUUUACUGGGGCAAUACGAAAUACAAGCUCGAAGAUCUUCUAAGAGAAGGCGGGAGGGCAAAUGAUGAUUCCAGAUCAUUCCUAGACUAUUCUUACAAACAUGGUCUUGAUUUCUACGUUCGACACAUGCUUGAAAAGGGUUCAACAAAUUUGGACAGCUUCCAAGGAGCUUCCUUGCUAAUAUUGGCAGCAUACUUUGGGAACUCGGAUGGUCCGGAUUGUAAGAUGGUUCGACUCUUGCUGAGGCAUGGUGUUGAUCCAAAUGAGCUUGGACCCGGGGGACUUGAAAGCCCAUGGCAGAAGUUACUACACCAGCCAUCUUUCAUUGAAUCAAUAGACAUCGGAAAGUGGCUUGAAAUGGUCAGUCUCUAUCUCGAACAUGGUGCAGAUCCAUGCGUCCAAACUUCCAAGGGUUCUGCCCGCUAUAUCGUCAAAAAGACGUGCGCAUCGUCUAGUCCGGAGUUGAGUGUAAAAAUGGACGAGGUAAUUCGCAAAUUGAAAAGCGGACAAAAACGGAAGACCGAUUCACAUGUACAACUUUAUGGAUUGCUGAAGCUUUUCAGGAGGAACAAGCAUAAAAAAUAA